AUGAUAUCUGAUACUUUAUCAUCUUGUCAGCAUCUUCUUGCUCAUGUUUCAUUACAAUUCUUCAUCUGGCUUGUUGGCAUUCUGGCUUUUUGGGGUAACAUUUUCGUUAUUGUACGCAAUCUCCGCAUUAUUCGGGCUGAAAAAAGAAAUCAUAAAGACGACAAUGUCAACCUAUUCUUAAUCAAUAAUUUAGCCAUAUCAGAUUUUAUCAUGUCAAUCUAUUUAUUUAUCAUAGGAUUUGCUAAUUUAGUUUAUAGCAAUCAAGGUCUGUAUGGCAUACGAUCUGAGAAGUGGCUACGACAUCCCCUCUGUGCAGUAUCUUGUACUCUUAUGACUACAUCUAGCAUAGUGUCUGUAUUUUUAAUGGUAGUAAUCAGCAUCGAUCGGUUCAUCACAAUCGUUUAUGGGCUCGAAGGAAAAAAGUUAAGCCGUUUCUAUUCUCGGCUGAUUAUUGGUAUAAUAUGGCUAGGAGGAUUUACAUUUGCACUCAUACCGUCAUUAUUUAGUAUCAAUCAGCCUGGUAACAAACGAUUAUACACCUUUAACAGUAUGUGUAUGCCAAGCAAUUAUGAGAACCCUGACUACAGAGUCUGGAUGAUAGCCUAUAUCGUUUCUACAAUUAUUGCUUGGAUUAUUACAUGCUCACUUUAUAUUAGAUUGUUUAUCUACAUUCGCGAUACUGGUAAAGCUGUUACACAAGCAACUAAUCGAAAAGCAAAAGCUAGAAAAGAUAAAAUGAUUGCAUUGCGUCUAUUUAUCAUAUUAAUAACUGAUUUAAUUAGUUGGGUACCUUAUUAUAUCGUGAAUUUUGCUGGUUUCGCAUCUAGUGAUGGUGUUGACGUUAUCACACUACAAUUUAUUGGUAUAUUUGCAUUACCUAUAAAUUCUGCUCUUAAUCCAUACUUGUAUACCUUUACAAGUACGGCCGUAAUCAAAGGAUUAUUUAUUCGUCCAGCGACUCGUGUAACCUACACAAAUAGGACAAGACAACAAAAAGACGUAAGCAAAUAA